CAGCGUGACGUCAACCGCCUCCGAGCUAACUUCCUCUAGCUUAGCGCCAUUUUCGGCGUCAUCACGGGACAACAGCAUGCCGCUGUCAAACAGAUAAUAAAAAACAGUGUUCAGCGUUGUGAGAAGUCUUUCACAGUAUUCCUCAGACAUGGGACGGAAGAAGAAGAAGCAGAUGAAGCCAUGGUGCUGGUACUGCAAUCGAGAUUUUGACGAUGAAAAGAUCCUCAUUCAGCACCAGAAGGCGAAGCAUUUUAAAUGCCACAUCUGUCACAAGAAGCUGUACACGGGCCCGGGUUUGGCCAUUCACUGCAUGCAGGUACACAAAGAGACCAUUGACAGUGUUCCAAAUGCUAUUCCUGGAAGAACGGACAUCGAGCUGGAAAUCUAUGGCAUGGAGGGGAUACCAGAGAAAGACAUGCAGGAGAGAAGACGGACAUUAGAACAGAAAUCACAAGAGAGUCAAAAGAAGAAAAACAACCAGGAUGACUCUGAUGACGAUGAUGAUGACGAUGAAGCAGGACCAUCAGCACCGCAGGUUGCGGCUGUUCAACCCCAGGCAGGCUACGCUGCCCCAAUGUCCCAGCCUGGGAUUCCUCCCGUCACUGGCUCGCCUGGGAUGCCACCUGGAGGAUAUCAAGGAAUGCCUCCUAUGAUGCCAGGUGUUCCACCCAUGAUGCACGGCAUGCCUCCUGCUAUGCAUGGAAUGCCACCAGGGAUGAUGGCAAUGGGAGGGAUGAUGCCUCCCAUGAUGCAGGGAAUGCCGGGCAUUCCUCCAGGAAUGCCACCCCACAUGGCCCCUAGGCCGGGGAUGCCCCACAUGGCCCCAGCCCCUGCAGCAGGGGUCAUACCCGGUCGGCAAGCAGCACCCGCACCCCAGCCUACGGUCACCAAACCUCUCUUCCCAAGUGCAGCACAGAUGGGCUCUGGUGUUCACAGCAGCACAGCAGCUGUUUCUUCUGCACCUGCAGACCCUCAGUCUGCCUCCUCCCUGCCUCCCUUUCCUAACACGCCACAAGCCCAGCAGAGCGCUUCAGGAGCCGUAGUUUCAAACGCCCUCAGUACAGCCGCCUCCUCCGACCCUCCCAAAGCAACAUUCCCUGCCUACACCCAGCCCUCUGUCUCCUCUUCCUCUUCCACUUCUUCUUCCUCUAACCCCUCUAGCAGCACUGUGGCCAAACCCCCAGCCACAGUGGCCAGUAAGCCUGCCACCCUCACCACCACGAGUGCAACUAGUAAGUUGAUCCACCCUGAUGAGGAUAUCUCACUGGAGGAGAUGAAGGCCCAGUUGCCCCGUUACCAGCGUCUCAUACCCAGGCAGGGUCAGGCCCAUGCGGCUGCUCCCUCAGUGGCAGCUGUGGGCAGCAUAAUGCCCCCACAGCAAGGGAUGCCACCACAGCAGCCAGGCAUGAGGCAUCCCAUGCAUGGUCAGUAUGGUGCUCCUCCUCAGGGCAUGCCAAGCUACAUGCCAGGAGGGAUGCCUCCAUAUGGGCAGGGUCUUCCUAUGGUGCCCCCUUACCAGGGAGGCCCUCCCAUGGGCAUGAGGCCACCCGUCAUGUCUCCAGCUGGACGCUACUGAAGCAGCAACGCAGCCACCACAUUAGGUUUGAGGUUAACACCUUUCUCUCAUCCUUUUUCAAACCUAGCUGCGGGCAAAGAACAGUAAGACCAGUGGUGGUGAAGACAAACCUUAUUUGUUAGAACACAUGGACAUUUAAUGUAACAUCUAUAUUGGAAAACAGAAAGACACCACACAGGUUCCUGACAGUUAUUUUGUGCUUAUUUGAUUACAUGUGUGGAUUAUCCAUAUUUUCCCCAUAGGUUUCACUCAGGUUUAUAGAAGUGAAGUGUGGUAAAAUUACUCAUAUUUCUUUUGAAGCUGCUGGAGUUACAUGAACGUACCAACCCCUUACGAAGGCAAGUUUCUCUUGUAAACCUUUGAUUAAUUUUGUUGUUUAUUUCUUUGGUAGAGUGAUUGUGACCCUCACAGCACGUGUAGGUGCUGUUGGACUUGCGUCCCCAACCUUGGUUGGUGAGGGUCUCAAUAAUCGUGAUUCCAACUGAGUUAGGGUUACAAAUCCAUGACUCAUCAGUCUCUAGCUUUAUUCUUAUUUCAGAUUUGUUUUUAAUAUUUCCUGGUUGAAAGGGUACCUGUAUGCAUUCUUUGUAAUGUUUUAUGAAUCUGUUGUAAUAAAAUCCAUCUUGAAAUCCAA